GGUCUCGUGUCUCGUGCUCCUGGAACACAAACACUGCGCGCGCUGCUGUCCCACCUUUGAGCAGCUCGAGACCACAGAACACAGACAUGCGCAGAGCGGUGACACCCCGAGAAGAGACGCCGAGGUCAUAACCUGUUUAUACAGUCUAUGGUCAUAACGGUCAUAACCUGCAGCCUGGAGUUUACUCUUCCUCCUCUUCAUCAUCAUCAUCAUCAUCAUCUAUAACCACAGACUGGCUGCGCGGCAUCGACGCUUUGAAACCUCAGAACAACAAGGAGCAGCAGGCGCGCGGCCGCUCCUCCUCCUCUUCCUCACCUGGACGGCUACUAUGAUGCUCGCGCUCACCUUCACCUGCCGCGCGCUGCUCGUCUUCCUGCUCUCAGAGUCUGUGGAGGCCGACAGGACCCCGGUAAGAACCCCGGUAAGAACCCAGCCCUUCCUCAUCACAGAGAACAUGUGGCCUCGGGGUUGUGUCCUGGACUGCCAGAGGGGGCGCCACAGAGCUGUGUGUGGGAGUAACGGCAGGCUGUAUAAAUCUCUGUGUGCCUUCCAGAGAGCUCAGUGCAUCAACACACAGCUCCGCCUCGCUCCACGCACACACUGCUCAGAUCCAGCUCAGUCUAAAUGCCAGCAGGCCCGGGCUCAUGCCCUGGAGACCGGCGCUCACAGCAGUGCCGGCCAUGUUAGCCCUGUAGCAGCUGUCUUUGUACCAGAGUGCCACCCUGACGGUCACUUCCUGCCCGUGCAGUGUCACAACCAGACCGGUUACUGCUGGUGCUCCACACCUGAUGGGAAACCUGUCAGCGGGACUUCAGUGCUCCACGUGGUCCCCAACUGCACCGAUCACAUCACCACGCCAGAUGCAGAUUCAUCCCAAAUCAGCGAUGACGGGGAUGAAGCCGGGCCAACGACGGGACCCAGAAAGUCUCCAGAGCUGACCGCUCCUCCGUUCUGGGUGACCAUCCUGAUGAACUCUGACCCCAAAGCAAACCGCUCAGUCCGACGACCCGCAGACAAUCCUCAGACAUGCGAGCGUGAGCGGACGUCGCUGCUCUCUCAGGUGCGUUCGGUCUGGCAGGAAGAGGAGCGUUUCAUCCCAGAAUGCACUGCAGACGGACGCUACAGCCCCGCACAGUGUCACGCUGCCACAGGCUACUGUUGGUGUGUGAGGACGGACAGCGGGAGGCCGCUGCCGGGAACGUCUGCAAGGAAUCGCAUCCCAGACUGCACUGGGGCGGAGGAGGAGACACCACCAGAGAGGAGGUUCAGGGAGAAACCUCUGCCAGGUUGUCCUGGAGCUCGUAAGAAGCAGUUCCUGCAGAGUCUGGUCAGAGCCCUGCAGCUGGAAGCAGAGCAUCCUGGGAGUCUGAGUCAACACCCAGCCUCAAACACGCCUCUCUCCAGCUCUCCCUCUCCAUCCUUUAACUCUCCCACCUCCACCACUCCUUCCUCCUCCUCCACCCUGGAGGCCGUGCAGUCAUCCAGACCAGAGGAGGCGCUGCGGUGGCACUUCAGUCAGCUGGACUUGGACUCCAGCGGGAUGCUGAGCGAGCGGGAGGCUCGACCCCUCCGUCGGUUCCUGCGACGGCGGUUGAAGCCGCGACGGUGCGCCAAGAAGUUUUCUCAGUACUGCGACAGAGACGGAGACCGAGGGCUGACGCUGGAGGAGCUGAGGGUCUGCCUGAGCCUCUGAGGAGGUCAGAACCAGAGCGGCGAGUCUUCAGUCAGGCGGACAUGAUGUAGAGGCCUUUGCUGCAGAUCGCUAACAUGCCUGCAGCUCAGCUGGAAAAAACACAACGCCCAGAUUUCCUGCUGAUGAAGCAGUGAAGGACGAGCCGUCCGCAGCGAGCUUCAUCUGUCGGCUCUCCUCCUCUCAGCCGCAGCAGGAGGCUCAAUCAAACGAUCCCCGAUAGGAGUUAGUAAUGAUUUCUGCUUCUUGAACUCUCCCUCUGUCUCAUCUGCUCCUCUACCUGUCUGUCUACACCUCACUUCAACAUCUCUCUGGGGUUUUACAUCAGUCCCUCUUGUUUCUGUAACUCUUUAUUCUUUGAAUCCCUCCAUGUGUCCCUCCAUAUCUCGCUCUCUCCCAGUUGUCUGUUCUCCAUCAGAUCUCCAGCCGCCUGUGUGUCGCCCACUCACAGGACGCUCGCUGGCAGAGCUACUUAUUGCACUUUAAUUUGUUUUCCCAGAGUGCCGUGUGUGUGUUUGUGUGUGUGUGUGUGUGUGUGUGUGUGGCACAGAGAAUAAAACUAUAAAAGGGACAGAAACAUCAAGAUGUGACAGGAGAUAGUCUCAUGGCUUCUCAGGCUGAUCUCAUUGAGACUCAGAUCUCCAUGCAGAGCGUUAGGCGGUCUCAGUUCAGCCGAGGAUCUCUGGUCUCUGUUGCAGGUCCUGUACUUGCACUGAGGCGGGAACAUUACAGGACUGUGAUAGUGGAGGCUCCUGCUGCUGUGGGAGAGUCGCCACCAUCUGUCACUGGAGCAAGUCUCUACUCUGCAACAUGUUUCCGUCACUGAACAUGUUGAGUGUUGAACAGAGCGCUCUGUAGCUCUUAUGAGGAGCAGCCGGCCGAUAGAUGAGCUGCAGGGCUCAGCAGAAAACCACAGAGAGAGAUCAUGACUGCUUCUGGAGAACACGAGGACCCAAGAUGUUAUCAAGGAACUCUUUUCACAACAUGCAACAGAUCUUUGGGCCACAGUGUCUAUCCAUCUAUUAGCUGUAGGGGGUUUGGAGCAAAUCCUAUUACUGAGCUAUCCCUGGGCAGGAGGCGAGGUUCACUGUGAAACACGCACACACACUGCAGGCGACCAAAUAACCUCAUUGUAGGUCAUUAUUGUAGUUUCAUCACAGGCAGCCAUGUCCUGCAGCUUCUCCUGAUUCUUUGACUCUUCACAUGCAUUAAGCAUCUGAUUUAUCGUCCACACUAUGGAUACGGAAAGAUGAGGAGGAUGCAAGUCGUCUUUGAAACAGGAAGCAGCAGUUUCAUAAUAAAAGCGGGCUAAAUUUA